AUGCAGCGUAUUAUUAAUUACCCAAAAAAUUCUAGGGUGGUAGUUUCUGCUCCCAAAGGACCAGGUCAACACAAUUUUGCCUUUGACGAUAUCGGAAAGACCUGCUCACUUUGUGGAAAAGAUUUCGAUCGCGUAUGGAAUCUACGACGCCACCUUACCAAAUAUCAUAAGUUAGCAACUCAUAUUGCUAACGAUAUUAGCCCUCAAUAUGCCGAUAGAAAUUUAGCGUCACAAAGACAGACCACGAACACUGCCGAGCCGACCGCCCCUGAUCACAAUGACGAUUCCGUUAACGAAGACCUACACGUUGAAUCCGAUUUGGAGGAUGACGACAGCAGCGAUGUUGACGACAUGAACAGCGAUGGCGACGAUAAUGUUAGCGAGAUUGAACUCGAUGCCGGUGAAAGUAUUAUCGAGAUGGAUGAGGACACCAGCCCCUUUGAAAGUCCAAGUCCAGGUAACCACCUAUACAUGCAUAUAAGAAAUAGUAUGUUGUCUUCUGCAUCCAAUACCAGCUCAUCGUUGGAUGCAGAUCUCGAUUUACUGAGAGAAGCAACUGGAUCGCAUACGACAUGGAACCAGUAUACAUCAGACACCCACCCGUUCCCGGAUCUCCAGUCUAUGGUACUACUUGCCUUUGUUGAUGGCGAUAAAGACAUGGUAUCUCGCAGGAUCUUGAAAAAGAUCCUGUUUACCAUAAGUCUUGUCCUUAAGCUUCACGAGGAAGCUAUCCGAAAGAAGUCCCCGUUCAAGUUACCUCGUUUGGAUGCCCUCUUGAACUAUCAGACCAGGAAAAAGUCCAAGAUUCCUGUAUUUCCAUCCACAAAAGUCGAUAUCCAGUUGCCGGAAAACAAUACCACGUCUGCUUAUAUCAACUUGCCUUCAGACCACGUCCGGUUUCUUGCUGCCAACCCCAAGAAAGCAAGAAACAUGUUUUCCCUCCCUGACCGCACUCCUAACCAGUCCAUUUGUCUACAACAAGGCGAAAAGUGGAGAACACAUUGGUACUAUCAACAACCUAUGUUCACCCACAACGGCGUAGAUUUUUGGUCUGGUGAUAUUGUUAACUUUAUGAAUGAUUCCACUCCAGCUUGUUUCCUAGUAGAAUCAUUCCAUACCAUAGAUAACUCAGCCAUUUUUGUUCAAGGCUACAUGGCUUAUAUUCUGGAAGGCAGUCAGUUCAUUGGCAUUGAAGUUGAAUCUACUAGCAUAAAGCUUGAAACUCUUCUUGGUGUUGACUUGACCCCUGUUGAUAUUGCUCUAUGCUACAGCAUCUCACCCAGGAAAGUCUUUCAUUUGAUUCUCAGACACAAGUUCUUGCUGGAAGAGCCUCAUUUCUUAAAACGGCACGUACUAGACGAAACCGGAAAGCCGAUCGAUCCAAAGUUGUUUUACAAGGUGAGGAUAUCGCCCAUUAUACUCUUCACCGACGACACCUCCGGAAACCGAUCAAAGCAAUAUAACCCGUACGAAAGCUGGUCAAUGAAGUUUGCUGCUCUCUCCUACGAAGAGAGGUCUUCAAUUGAAAACAUCCACUUUCUCUCUGCUAUUCCCAAGAAAAAGGGGGCAAGUGGGAUGUCCUUGUUGCCUAAAAUCGUUGAAGAUUUCAAAAGGCUCGAAAACGGACUGGUGAUGUUCUCUGCCAAAGACAACGAAAACGUCUUAGUAGCAUCACCACUCCUUUGGAUCGAGGCAGACACUCCAUGCCAUUCUGAACUAUGUGGUUUGCGCGCGCCGACAAGUCUGUACCCAUGCCGCAAAUGUUAUGUCCGUUUACAAAGAUUCAUGCCCAACCUCCAAAGCUCUUCGUAUUAUACUGGUAGACACACAGCAAGAACAAAGGCACACUAUCUUGCUGCUGCGUCUACCUCGGGACGUGGAUCGACUAUUCCAGAUGCUCCUUUGACUGGAAAUGCUCUGACAGCAAGCGACCUAUGCUUCGCAAAUAGGGCAACAGAUGCAUUGUUGGAACUACAGUCAUUCGAUCCAUCGACAGAUACUCCAGUUGAAGUUCUGCAUAACAUACUUCUUGGAGUUGCUAAGUAUCUAGUCAAUGAUUUGGUAAAGGUUGUACUAAAGAAAAAUCCUAACCAAAUGGCUAGAUUGUCCAAAGCCCUCAAGGAUUAUGAAAACUCUCAAGGAAUGUCAAGAAAGUUCACUCGAGAGUUACGACACUGUGGCUCAUUCCUCGGGAGGGAUUACAAAGUUCUUCUGCAAAUUCUACCCGCUAUCUUAGUUACAGAAUUUGCAAAUGAUAGUAUACUCUCUCUCAUAACUCCAUCUUUUGUCCGUCUUGGCCGUCUUUGCUCCUUGGUGUUUGUUAGAGCAGUAAGGUAUGAUUAUAAUAUGUACAUCGACGAAGUUGAAAAGGCAGUUACAAGCCUUAUCCAAGAACUGCAUCAUUAUGUCAUUACCUGUGAAAUCGAAGGACAUAAUCCGUAUUCCUCGAAGCCCAAGGUUCACCUGCUCACACAUCUGCCCGACGAUCUACGAAGAUUUGGAACUGCUCUACACUACGAGACCGAAAAAGGUGAGCAGUUUAACAAACACAUCCGUGAACGCCUAAUGCAUACCAAUAGGUUAAACACCUCAAGAGAUGUAUGUCUCAAGUUCGCCAAGCAAUCUGCAAUGAGACACAUCAUUGAUGGUGGUUCAUGGGUGAGCAAAGACAAAAUGAGAGAGAAGUAUGGUAAUUCCACGGCAGAAUUUCUUAAAGAAAACUUUAACGACAAUGUUAAGAAUAUCCUGUUUAGUGGAUCAAGAGACUUUGCUGAUAAUAACGACACUGAUGACAUUACAGCAAAAGCACUCUGUGACAAUACCUUUGUGGUGUUCAUGCUCAAGGAGAGUAGAGACCAACAUGCCCAUCCAUUUAUUGGAAAGGUCUCCUCUUUGAGAGUAGAACACUAUCGAGUUGAGAGUAGUCCCCACGCUCAAGUUAACAACUACCUCCUCGCGCAAAAGGUUUCCAAUGAUGCAUCUACUCCACUCGAUCAGCUGAAGAUUGUAUGUAAGCUUGAUAUGCACACAGAAUUUAACAACAAGCUUGUCAUCAAUCUCAGUAAAUUUGGCUCCUACUGGUUCUUUGUUUCCUUGUUUUCGAAUCGACAGUAUUGA